UCAAUAUAUCAAGCAAAAUAAAAGAACAACUGCUACUAAAGGUUUGAUGUUGACGAUGUUGCUGACACCAGCAAUCCUGAUUCUAACGUUAGCCGCCGGGGGAGGGGAUGCUGCCUGCACCAACGCCAACUGGUGGUACAGCUUCGAAGCGGCUGGGCUGUCCAUGUGUGACAACAACAACGAUUUCAUCACCGGCUUCUACAGGCACGACAGGACCAGUUGGACGGACGACUAUCUCUACAGGCUAGAGGAGGCUACCUGCUGCUUUGUAACGUGGCCAUGGACACACUCCAAGACACAAGUGGUCAUGGCUGAUUGGUGGUCAACCUUCGACCGCGCCAACACAUGGGCGAGUUGUCCAUCCGGGUAUUUCCUGAAUGGGUUAUACACAAGUAACCCCGCGAAGGCGUUGACUGGCAAGUUGACUAACAUAGAAGAAGGUCGAUGUGUUAAGCCAGCGGAUCACCCAGCUUAUUACGGCCAAUGUUACGAUCACGAUAUCUCGAUCUGUUUUGACAAUGUGGGCUAUUGUAGAUGCAAUGACAACUACUUCGUCACCGGUCUGUACCGCACUUGCGACCAACUACACUGUCUGGAAAAAUUUCGAUGCUGCAAAAUGGUGACAGCACCGGAAGAACUUGAUGAGCUGUACAAGGUGAAGACUCGAGUCAUGGACAACACAAUGGCUGACGUUGCUAUGCUGGCCCAUUACCUGGGUUACGGCUGGUGCUCUGGCUGUAGAGCCCCGUAUGUAGGAGAAGAUUUCAGAAGAAGCGGCGACACCUGGUACGCUGAUCAAAGUGGGCGAUGUGAGGGUUACAUGAGUAAUCACAGACUCAGCAUGGUUUACGGGGAUUGGAGCUUUGGUAUGAAAGAUAUUAAAUUCGGCGCUCCGACUAUACAGGAACUGGAACCGGAGACGAUUGAUUCAGGAACGAUAUACAACAACGAUCCGAAAGAAGCAACAAAAACGAUAACACGGUCAGAGACCAGUGUACGCAGUGUGACCCACACUAAAACUAGCGGCUGGAAGCACAGCCACGAACUUAACGUCCAGGUCAGCUACACCCCAGCCUCGGGAACAGGGGGCGCAGGGGUCUCCGCGGGCUACAAGUUUAACUACGAGUCCAGCACCAGCACUACAGAUGAGACCAAGAAAGAACAAUCCAAAACGUUUUCCGUCAGCACCUCUAAGACUCUUGGACCUAACUCUGCAGCGAAAUGGAGCCUUAUCCUCUCCAAAACCAGGACCUCCGUCACCUACACUGCGACUAUCGUUCCCAUAUUUUCCACAGAGCUUAAAGGUUUUCUGCGUUGGGGUGGAGGCGCAUCAGGGAUUGGAACCAACUACCAUUAUCAAUAUCGCGGAAGUGGAGACCGCCCGACGUUUAACUACAAGUUCGGAGAUUCCAGCACGCCGUUCUACACGGCACUGAGACGACAGAGCGAAACCAACUCCCAGCCGUGGCUGUGGAACGAUAUGACCAACUCGUACCCAGAGGCGCGGGACUUAAUCAACGAGCUGUGUGACGACAGACGCUACGCCUUCACCAUCACAGGUCGGUUUGAUGACGUCAUUGGCAAGCACGCAGAGUUCCGGUGGGAUGCUGUGCGAUUGGCCAGGAGAUCCGCAGAGAAUGAGAAAAACGCGCCUGAUGACGAUGAGAUAUUUCAGACGUCCAAGCAUGUUGCUAGGCCACUGCCUGGGGAUAUUCCACCGGUCAGUCUGGAACCGCCAAAGAUAAAUAUUGCGGUCAAGAACGAAACGAAUGUCAAGAUUCUCGUUCCUGCAGGAGCUUAGU